AUGGCCCUCGCACCAUCCCCCGAAUCUAACGACAUAAACUUAUGGUCCCGAAACCGCUACCUAGACGUUCAAGACCCUCCCCCCCAGCCCUGCCUCCGCCGCAACGCAAUCGUAGAAAUCCCAUCGGACGGGAAAUCCCUGGCCCCCCCUCUCAACUCCCUCCCCAUCAUCCCCAGCACCAGCACCAGCACCACUGCCACCGCGCCAAGAACAGCUGUCAGCACCGCAUUAUUCACCGAAAAAACGGGCGACCCGACAUUCUUCUCCUCGGCGGUCACGAGCGCGGCAAAUGGGAGUGUGGCGGCGCAGACGCGUGGUGCGGAGACGGCAACGCAUUCGCAUCCCCAUUCCCAUUCAGGAAGCGCGGUGGGGACGGGGCAACGGGGGAUGGGGAUGGGUGGAGAGACGGGGGGUGCGCUGAGGGAGGCGGUGGAGAUGGUAGUUGUGUUGUUGGUUGGGGUUGCAUUUGCUGUUAGUUUGUUGUUGUAG